CGAUGUCAAGUGCGGCUGUGGAGUUUGCCUCUCUCUUUGAAAUCAUACUUGCGCAACUGGCUUCAGUUCACACAAUGUGCCCGCCACCCGCACCGCUAACAUGGAGCUCACCGUGAAGCUGACUCGAAGCCUGUGGGUCCUUCUGGUCGCUUGCCUGGUACGUCAAAGCGUGGCGUUCCUGCCGAACAACGCCGGCAACACCUUGCCCAUCACCGACUACACCCUUACCGAAAUCACGGUGCAGGGCAUCGUGCGUGCCGUGGCCAAGUACUUCGAAGACACCAACCCUGAUCGGUACAAUCCUGGCGACCUUACGGGACUCAGUCCCCUCACUCCCUCGCGACUGUUUAGACAACAUUAUGGAGAUUGCGUCUACGCAACAAAAUUCGAACGAGCCAUCAGAGCCAUAGUUGAUGCCAAUGUUGAGAUCUCCGAUAAGUACGCUCACAAGGCCAUCUGGCACUUCAACGGUAACCAAGUCAAUAAAGGCAACAGCAAGAUGGUAAGCAUUCGGAGAGCCCUCCUUAACCUGCUGCAACUGGGUAACGAGGACGCGCCCAACUACGACGUGGCCCGCCAGUUCAGCGGCCAGUUCCUUCACAUGGCGCAGAGCUUCUACUCCAACACCAACUGGGUCGAGCUGAACCGAUGGCUCAACUCGCUGAUCGGAGCGGACCAGAAUGAAGUUAUCACCUCAAGCGAACUAGGUAUAAUUGCUCCGCUGUCUUGGCGGCAAAGCCCAGGAAGCGUGGACAUGUGCCAGAAUUGCCCGGGAUCCACCUCACUCCCUGGAUUACAAGACUGCUCUGACAAUCUUCGCCCAUAUGUCUACUACCUGACGAGUGGUUACAGAAGCGGACAGAACGUGAACAAACCAGCUGCCUCCCCGGGAAACAUCUGGGGCAAAUGCUCCCAUGGUGGUCUCCACGACGCCUCGUGGACCGAGGUGGCAAUCGGAGGCAUCAACAAGGAGUCGUCGGACGAGCAACGAUCUCCCCACUUCGAUCUCCACGAGCAGGCGGCACUGACGGCCCUCCAAGCAACUGAGGACUUCUUCUAUCGUUCUGGUACUGGUCUCUACGGACUUAUUGGCGAGAGGAAAUUCCGCCGGCUGCUGAACUUGGAUGUAGGGACGUCACUUACCUUCGUCAUCGACGUGUCCGGAAGUAUGUCAGAUGACAUCAAGGCUGUGAAAGAAGAGACCAUCCGCAUCGUCGAACUACACAAGGAGACCUGCUUAGCUGCUUCCAAGUAUGUGGUUGCUCCCUUCAACGAUCCCGGCUAUGGGCCGGCUCUGGUGAGCACAGAUGCACAGAAAUGCAUCGAGUUCCUCGGCAAUUUGACGGCCAAAGGAGGAGGUGACUGCCCUGAAUUGGCCAACAGUGGGUUGGAACUUGGGGUCCAGAAUAGCAUCAUCGGCGCCAAUGUAUACAUGUUCACGGAUGCCACGGAUAAAGACAAGGAGAAGGUGCCGGAUGUGCUGGCAUUGAUUGAGGAGAAAAAGGUCCACGUCAAGUUCCUCUUGACUGGCACUUGCAGUUCCAGCCGCCGCAAACGAGCGACUGAUUGGUCAACAUUGUCGCCAUCCUACCAAAUUAUCGCUGAAGCUUCGGGUGGAGAGAUUUACAGGACCGAUAAAGAUGGAAUCCGUGACCUAGCACGAAUCAUGGAAGGUGACAUUCGUGCCUCCCAGGUUUCAAUAAUCAAGAGAUCUUCGCUGAACCUUGAUGCCCUCAGCUUGGACAUACCAGUCGAUUCCACUGUACAAGAGGUCCUGGUGUCUGUAGUCGGAAGCUUGAGCAGCGACUCGGUGAUCAUCAGGCAUCCGAAUGGUACGGAAGGCACCCCGGAUGAGUUAGGGGCAGACAUCUUCACAAACUCUGCAGAACAGAUCGUGUUCAGCAUCAACGUCACAGAACCAGACACAAAGGGAAAUUGGGUGGUAAAACUGCAGAACUUGAAUCUGGCGACAGAGUACUACAUCAAAGUGUCCGCCAACAGCGUGCUGGAUUUCACAUUUGACAUCCUGGAGACAGACGAAACAGGGACUGCUUACCCCGUUGACGGGAAACCAGUCGCAGGAGCUGAGGUGCUACUCACCGUCCAAGUCUCGGCUCCGGAAACUGUGUCCUCAGUCAGCGAGAUAAAACUGUACAAUGCUAUGGGAAACGAAACAUUGGUAACCGCAAGUGCUACGCCUGUGGAGGGCAGGACAGAGGGGUUAUUCAUGGCGAGUCUUACUCUUCCAAACGAGCCGUUCUUUGUCAGCAUCGUUGGGGAGGACACCCAGGGCAUGGAGUUCCUGCGGACACAGCCAUCAGAGAUCAAAGUCGUGGAAUUCAAGCUGGAGGAAAUUUCGGGCUCCAACACCGUAGACAAUCUCGUACCUGGAGGUAAUGGCAGUUUCUCCUUCCGAGUAACCAACAGCGGCCCAGAUGACACCCUGACCAUGACUGUGUCGGUCCUCGAAACGGCUGUCAACUCUUCGAGAAGCGCCCUGAGAGCUGUCUCAGGCCCAGUAGUCACUGCUGCUGUGGAACCGGCCAGCAUGGUGCUGGCUACUGGGGAGAAGGGCGAAGGGGUGUUGACUGUGACUGCUGCUGAAGAUGUACCUGCCGGCACGUCGGUCAAAGUGACAUUAUCUAUCGCGAGUUCGCUGUCUUCGUCACUGAAUUUCCUGUCGAUCGACGCCACGGUCUUUGCAGUUGAGAAUGAUACAGAUGAAAAUCCUGAUGAGAGUGACAGCACCCCACCCACCUGUGAGAUCCUGAGUUCCGGGGGUGGCUGCACGGCCCAACAGAUGAGCAGCGACUGCAACAAGCAUGAAUGGUGGGUGCGUGCUCGUGCUGUGGAUAAUAACAUCGUGACUGAGGUUGUGUUGGACCCUGAGGUUGAAGUUGGCGGCACGGGCAAGCAGUCGCUCGUCUACGAGUCCUUUUUUCCGACCAAUGUGACCUUCAAGUACUCUGCGUCCUGCUGUUGUCCAAUCAUGAAGUUCACUGUACGUGAUGGGGCCAGCAACGAAGCCUCAUGUGGGAAGGACCACUACACCGCGCUGUCCGGUCAAGUGGAGAAACCAGAUUGUAAUGGACCGGUACUCUCUGACACUGGCUUAAGCAUAGGGGCGAUUGUCGGCAUAGCUGUUGGCUCCGUGGCAGCAGUGGUCAUCGUGGGAGCCGUGGUCUUCUUCGUGGCAAAGCACACCUUCGGCGCGAGCGGAAAGGCCAGCAGAUCUGUCACCCCACUGUGCUACCCCUCAACUGACAACGAACCACUCUCCUACAAAAACCCUAUGCCCGCCAUCCACGAGAGCCAGAAUUAUUACAAUAAACAAUAAGUGCAAGGAGGGACUGCAGAAUGUUCAAGUGCCGUGGGCCAGUGAUUGGUUGAACACUUGGCAACAUGCAAGUUCUUGUUUUUCAACUGUGCUUGCAUGGUACAAGUGAAAUUACAGAAAAAUGCUUGUUUUGAAGUAAGAACAAAUAUGUUUACCGUGUACAUGUACCAGUCAAAACUGACUAUAAUGCACUUACAAAUUAAAUGCAACCUUGUGAAAGAAUUAAACUUAUUUUGAUGCCAAGCAAAUUUUUUAAGUGUCUUGUUUGUAGUGAUAUUGUAGUUUUUCGUUGCAUUCAGUGUAUGCAUGUGCAUAGAUUCUUGUAGAUUUAUCCAAAAAAGAAGAAAUACAUAUAUCACUAUUUUGUUAAAUUAUUUUUAAAGAUUUUUAUUUGCUUUGUGUGCAUACCUGACAGUCAUUUAGGAUGUAAUUAUGCUAUUCACUAAACAAUAAGUUUAUGAACAGUCUGGGCCUAAGUGUUUAAAAUUGGAAACUGUAGGAAAUGUAUUAUGAAAUGAGGUGUUCAAUUCAAAAGCGCUCUACGCUCACUGUAGAAUAAAAAUAGCAUCAUUUGGUGAGGCAAGUUCUUUCUUGGUCGUUUGAAUUUAUGUCAAUUUAAAAUUCUUAAAUUCUUGUCUGUGCUUUUUGAGUGUGACAACAUGGAAAAUCAGUUUAACAAUGGAUUGCUGGUUUUUCAGCACAAUGUAUGAAGUGUUAAUCUUUCCAGUAGGCACAGGAUAAGAUUAAAGGCCGGUUCAUACUCGGUGGGAAAUCUAGCAACGUCAGAUCAAAAUAUUUGUAUUGCGAGUCCGCAAAAGUUUGACGCAUUUCAGCUCGGGCGAACUUUCGCUGCAAAUUUUUCGUGACGUCAAAUUCGCUUCGCUUUCGCAUUCGCCUGAAGUAUGAACCGGCCUUAAGGUUGCACCCGCUUAAUCUUGACCUUUGCCCUUUGAAAAUAGAGGGGCGCGCUGACUAUAGACGUAGCUGUAGCUCUGGAAGGCCGAUUGGGACACGGUCUAAGUCGGCUUUUCUUCACAUUUGUAAUAAACUUUUCAAUGAUUUCAGUAUUUUCAGUGUUUUCUGUUGUUACCCAGAUAUUGCUGUCCCUGAAAUCAUAGUUGUGAAUACAUAAAUUAAGUUGCAUUUAAUUUCAAUUAAAUAAAUUUAAUUGAGUGUGGAAUAUACAA